AUGGCGGCCGCCGUGGGACUGGCUUUCUCGCCGAAGUCAUGCCCCGGGCGGCGGCUUGGAGGUCUCGGCGUGGCCACUUAUGAAGAAAAAUACAGAUUAAUUCGGAUUGGAAAUCCAGCAUUUUCUACUAGGCUGUUGCCUGUCAGAGGAGCAGUGGAAUGUUUGUUUGAAAUGGGCUUUCAAGAGGGAGAAACUCACCUGGUUUUCCCUAAGGAAGCAUCGAUUGAACAGCUACGUAAAGUCAGAGAUUUAAUUGCUGGAGAGAGAAGUAGCAGGUUGAAUGAGUCAAGUCACCUCCACAGAUCAAGACCUUCUGAAACUGCAGCCAGCACUCAGGCAGUUGCACGUCAGCCUUCAAGACCUACUGACCCUGUUCUUGCCCCUGCCCAUCAGCAGCAAGAAACAUCACCUGCACAGCCUCUUGAAAGGGCUGCAGAUAUCUUGAAAAAACUUCAAACAAACUUUCAACAUUUUGUAUUGAUGUAUGAGAAUCCUUCUCUUCAGCAGAAAGCACUAGCUUCAGUUCCCCUCCAAGAAUUGAAAAGGAAGGCUCAGAAAAAGCUGGCACAAGCUACAAUACUGGAUAAAGGUGCGCAUGUGAACGAAGAAGACUUCUUGCUGUUGGAGCUUUUGAGCUGGUUUAAGAAUGACUUUUUUCAUUGGGUAAAUGAGCUUCCUUGCAGCAGAUGUGGUGGGCAGACAGAGCCUAAAGAUAAUGUGGCAGCUAGUGAGGACGAUCUAAGGUGGAAUGCCAGCCGAGUGGAAAACCAUUACUGCAACCAGUGCCAGUUCUCUAAUAGAUUCCCCAGGUAUAAUAACCCAGAGAAACUGCUGGAAACCAGGCGUGGACGUUGUGGCGAGUGGGCUAACUGUUUUACACUGUGUUGCAGAGCUGUAGGGUUUGAAGCUAGAUACGUGUGGGACGUUACAGAUCACGUGUGGACUGAGGUAUAUUCUGCAUCUCAGAAAAGAUGGCUUCACUGUGAUCCCUGUGAAAAUGUCUGUGAUAAACCUCUUCUCUAUGAAACUGGGUGGGGAAAGAAGCUCUCCUACAUAAUUGCUUUCUCCAAAGAUGAGGUUGUUGAUGUCACCUGGAGAUACAGCUGUAAGCACGAAGAAGUGCUCUCUAGAAGGACAGCAGUCAGUGAAGCCACACUACGAGAAACAAUUAACACCCUUAAUAAAAAGAGACAACAAUCUUUGUCAGAAACCAGAAGAAGAGAGCUCCUGGAAAGGACAAUCGUGGAGCUUGUUGAGUUCAUUUCUCCUAAAACCCCUAAACCAGGUGAAUUUGGUGGAAGAACAUCAGGUUCAAUGGCUUGGCGAGUAGCCAGAGGCGAAAUUGGCUCUGAGAAGAGAAAAGAAAUAAUUUUCAUUCCCUCUGAAAAAGAGAAGACAUCUAAGCUCUUUCACCUGACCUACAAUGUGGUAGAAGAUAGUUACACACGGAUUUCAAAUAACAAUGAAAAAAUAACUGGCUGGGAAGCAGGUGUUUGGAAGGCAGAGUCUAUCUGGAGGAAGGUUGAAACAGAUUGGAAAAUGGUUUAUUUAGCCCGAAAAGAGGGGUCAUCCUCUGCUUCAAUCAGCUGGAAGUUUGAGUGCAAGUCAGUCGGUCUAAAAAUAGAUAACAUAUCAAUUAGGACAAGUAGUCAGACAUUUCAAAGUGGAAGAAUCAAGUGGAGGGCGUACUCCCCCACAGCAGAGGUUGCUCUGCUAGGAGAUAAAAGUCUUUGCUCCUAUUCAGAUUUGUCUGGUUCAACAGAAGUAACAUUGGAAGCAAUCCUAAAUGGAGGGGAUGGGCAAGCUGCAUGGCAACAUACCCAGCUCUUCAGGGAGAACCUAGCAGGAAGUGGAGAGAAUUGCUUGGAGGUAAUUAUAAAAUUUGCUGACCUGUGA